CUGCUGUGUCGCCAUCAUCACCCUCAUCAUCUCCAUCACUUUCUAACUCAGUCUACAAUUCCUUUCAAGCUUCUUUUUCAUCUACAUUCACCAAACACGCCGUUUGGACCGUAUAUCUGGCCCAAUCGCACAUUUGCCUCCUCACUGUUCCGCUCCGCAUUUGCUUGUUCCCUCGGCGCUUCUACUUCUACACAACUGCCAGUCACUCAACAAUUACCACCAUGGCCACUGAAGCAGUCAAUGGAGCUCCCGUGCCAAGCGAAACUCCGAAAGAGGAUACCAACAACACCGCUGGCGUGGACGCUGGUAAAUCAACCACGGUGGACGGGGAGGCGCCCACGGAGGUCAGCGCACCCGAAGCGGGAGCUGCUACGUCAGCUAGCGCCGAGAAAGAUGCCGACAGCUCUGCAAAAAGCGCGGGAGAUAAGCACGAGCGCGCCAAUGCAACCGAGGAUGCCAACCAACCGCGAAAAGAUGAACCUGCGACAAAAAAACAGAAAACCGAUGCCGCACCGCCCAAGGCAGCAAGUGGAUCCCACACCAGCACUGCGGAAAAUGGCGAUCAGAAGAGGGGUCCAGGAAGACCAAAGAAGAGCGGGACAAGAGAGAAACCGGAAAGGAAAACCCCUAAGCCUCGCGCGACUGAGGGAGUUGGAAGCAGAACUAGGAGUCGUGUUCAGGCAUAGAAACAACUGCUAUGUACUCCAUACGGGAAAUAUCGCUAAUAUUCUCAGCUUCUGCGGGUUUCAGCGCACUCCUUCGAUUCUCGUGCUCCCUAACCCAACUUGUCGUUGGCCAUGUUUAGUGGUUGAGCUCUGAUUCUUUCUUGUCUAUGUUUUUGUUUUUUUCACAAAAAAAAUCUUUUUUCUUCUCAUUCUGUCUAAAUAAUUUCUGGGCUCAGUUCUUUUUCACAUUUUCCACGUGUGCCUUUUAUUUUAUGUUUUUAUUUUUUCCCAUUCGCUGUCUCUUUCAUUUUCUCUCUAUCUUAUUUCGGCUUGUGGACAUACUAAGGCGCACCUCGGAACUGAGUGGCCAGGGGGCCAAUGGACAAAAGAAGGCCCCUGUCAUUAUGGGACAACAAAACAUUACAAAAUUAAACGGGUGUUCAAAAUGUUAAAAUGUUAAAAUAUUUCACAGGGCUCUUUUUCGAUUACCUGUUGCACUGUUCUGCAUUGCUUAAACAUAAUUUUGUGACUGGCUAAUCUUUUUCGGCAAAUGUAAGCGGCUGAUAAAAGACGCUGCCUAUUUUAAAAAAGCUGAAACAAGAAAAAUUGUGUGAUUUAUGAAACGAAAUCAGAAUUUCCCUUUUUUGAGC